UGCUCCCUCCUCUCUCUCCCCAACACCUCCAUCCAUCAAUCAUUCACUCAAACCUUCUUCUUUCCCCAAACCCCCACACUCACAUCUUAUUAUAUAUACACACGUCCAUAAGUUCACCACCUCUCGUCCCAUCACUCCACUCCUUAAGGAAAAAAAAAGAAAAAAAAGGGCACUUUUCUCCUUACAUUGAUCUCUAUAUGUCACCUGUUCGCCCAGCAGCUAGCAUAAGGAAUUAAUCAUCAUGCUUCCUCCACCCAGCUAUCCCAACCAUGACUCCUUCACCAAAGGUGGUGGUGCUGCCUCCAUGUCUUCUUCACAGCAAGAGGAAGAAGAUCACUCCAUACUUCUCCUCACUCUUUGGCCCCCCGGCCAGCAGAACAACCCCUCUUCUUGUUCCUCUUCCACAACCACCUCUUGGCCAUCCCAGUCCAACUCCAAUAAACAACACCACCUCUCCCACCCCUUGAACAAACCAGUUGAUGAAGACUCCAACGUGACCAUCGCCCUUUCUAUAGCACCCCCUAGCGCAGGCGCUAGUGCAAGCAUGAGCAUCAAUGCCACCACCACCACCGUCUCCAACUCCACCCCGAGCCAGUACUGGAUCCCCUCUGCUGCCGAGAUCCUCGUCGGCACGACCCAGUUCUCCUGCACAGUGUGCAACAAGACCUUCAACCGCUACAACAACAUGCAGAUGCACAUGUGGGGGCACGGCUCGCAAUACCGGAAGGGUUCGGAGUCUCUGCGAGGGGCAACUAAGGCGAUGGCUUCACCGUCGAUGAUGAGGCUUCCGUGCUACUGCUGUGCCGAGGGGUGCAAGAAUAACAUCGAACACCCGCGGUCGAGGCCGCUCAAGGACUUCCGGACGCUGCAGACACACUACAAGCGCAAGCACGGGGCGCGGCCGUUCGGGUGCCGGAGGUGCGGGAAGGCGUUCGCGGUGCGCGGCGACUGGCGCACCCACGAAAAGAACUGCGGCAAGCUAUGGUUCUGCAUCUGCGGCUCCGACUUCAAGCACAAGCGCUCCCUCAAAGACCACGUCCGGUCGUUCGGCGGCGGCCACGCUCCCCACAUUGUGGAGUCGAUGAAUGUAGAUGAGGAGGAAGAGGAGGAAGAGGGUGAGGAUGUUGAUGAGGAAGGACAUGGAGAGAUUAAUGGUGACAUGCUCCGUUAGUUAGUGAACUAGACAUCUAUUUUCAAACUUCUAAACCCUCAUUAGAUUAUAGCAUAUUACAAUGUGUAUAUGUAUGCAUCUAUGCAUGUACAUGUAUAUGUAUUUGUAUAAGGAUGUAUGAGAGAGAGAGAGAGAGGAGGGGAAUGGUGUCAUUCUGAGACUUCUUUUUAUGUUUUUCUUUCGCUUACAGUUCAAUGAUCUGUCAUUGUGUCUUGUGAAUGAGGCAGGAGAGGGAGGGAUCUAUUUACGAGUCUCUUUUUCCUCACUUUUCCUGCCCUGUCAUUCUUAAUCUAAAUGUGAUGUCAGAGCAGAAGUUUUAGGAGC